AUGAUCAUAGUCUACCUUGAACCAGAAUCAACCGUUUCGCUCGCGCUCAUCUGCCGCGACUUGUACUUCAAACACUUCGACCCGUCGGUCCUCCAGUCAUCGCCUGCAUCAAAAGACACGCUGCCGCAGUGGCUUGAGCAAGACAUCCUCAGCCUUUACUGCUGCCACGGUUGCAUCCGCCUGCACACUCGGCACGAAGGGGCCGAAUCCAAGGCUGGUCAUGGCGUUAGACCUUAUACUGGCGCCAGCAGUCAGAGAUGCCAGACGAGCCAGUGGGACCUGGGCUUCGAGGCUAGGUUCCCCCACACUAGGGCGCGACUUGUGAUGAACAGCCAUCGCUACGGGCCCGCUCACGGCAUUCGUACACGGGACCUCAACGACACGGUGGGUAUGUGGCACCCUCAGCUGGGGGUACGCAUCCGGCAAAAGUGGAGGGCCAGGAUCAUCGAGGAUAAUCUACACCUCUACGGAAGUGCCGUGCUGGCGCAGCUUACGGGUAGCGGCGACCACGGGUUGUGGAUGAACCAGGAUAUCAUCCACCAGUUCGACAACUUUCUAAUAUGCCGUCGCCUCCCAGCCCCACUAUAUCAAUCAGGGGACGAAUUAUUCUACGACGGACCAAUAUUCGGUUAUCAGCCGUCGCAUAGGCUGUUUCAAGGUGGCCAGAACCCAAUCGAGGGUCGAGUUCUCUCCUGUACCGUGUGCUUUACCGACUACAAAAUGGAAAUCGCGUUUCUAGACAACAGUCAAAGGAGAGCGACAUCAGGCUCUGCUGCGAGAGCCAAAGUCUGGACCAUCCGGAUCCAGCGAUGGCACAAGCUCGGGGAGUGCCGCUCUCCCGACGACCCGCUAUGGCACUCCCUCGUGACCUCAAACCCGGGAGAUGAGCAGCAACGGCGCAGCGUGUGCAUAAUAAGAAAGAUCUAUAACGACUGGGUCGACGGUCGCAAAGCGAGGAGAUUUUUGAGGAGCAAGGCUCCCAAGAGGAAGCCGGCCGGUGUCAACGGCUCCAAGACCGUCAACGGCUCCAAGACCGGCAACGGCACCAACGGUGUUAGCCACGCCCCCCUCUCCCCCACGGCCAGGGCCGGCGACACCUUCAAAUGGCGGGAAGUUCCUAAAGCUCAGGCGGGCGGCCAAGCCUCCCACAGAUUCGACUCGGACGGUGUUCGCAUUCCUGAAAAGUUAUUAGGAUGGGUUUAUUAG